AUGCAAUUCUUGCUCUACGCUGUUGUUGCCGCUGGGUUUUUCUUCGGCGCCUUCAUGAUGAUAGCCUUGGAGCUCUUUGGCUUCUACAAGUCGGUGAAGCUUCCGCCUAGGCCACGCACCAAGCCUUUCGCCAAAUUUCUUCCGAUUCACUUGCCUCAGAAGCUGCUGAGGCUGGUGCAGCCCGGAAACUGGAGCAAGCAGCGAGGCUUCCUCAUCGUCGCCAACCUCUUGGCGCAGUUCCUAUUCCGAGAGUGGAAGGACAGCAUCUUCUUGCGCAGUAGCAUAGCCAAACUAACAUUUCUUGUCACAGGUGCGAAACUUAAAUUUGGCAUUUCGGCACUUCUAUUGCUGCAGCUACGCGAGUUUGAUCUCAACAGUGAUUUCAUCACGUUUACGAAGAUUUCCGUCGACGACGUCAUUCUCCACGACACUUGGAAAACGCUCGAGGAAGUGGACAUCUUUAUCAGCCUGGACUACGCCGGCGGCGUGACUCUUGCCGUGGACGCCGAGCUCAUCAUCGGUGGCGUGGCAUCGCUGGCAGUUAAGGUGAACCACUUCUCGGCCAAGAGCCGGCUGCAGUUCUCCAGGAAGCCCUACACGCACUGGUCGUUCGCCUUUUACGAGGAACCAAAGAUCGUGAUAUCUGUGGAAUCCUCGCUCCAGGGCCAGAGCUUCCCACAAAUUGCAAACAUCAUCACCUCAACGAUCAAACGAACGCUGCGCAACAAGCACACGAUCCCGAGCUACAAAAUCCGCAUCAAGCCGUUCAUCCUGCUGCCGGACUUGCGUAUCGCGCCGCCGCUCCAUGAAAAGGUCAGUCAGAGCGGCAAGCUCGAGGUCACAGUGGUCGAGUGCUCGAGGCUCGUACUCUGCGAGGGAUCCUUCCAGCUCUACUGCAUGGUCUCCAUCGAGGACUCGCAAUGGAUCAACGUGGACAAUAUUGUCGGCACGUCUUGGAUACCUAUCGAACUCGAGAUAAACAAGGAAAGAGGUCAUGCCACUGGGGUCGAACUUAAGGAGGUAAGCUCAGGUGGCCAAAAGUCGAAGAGAGUUGGUGACAGCGAGGACAUUCAGACGCGGGCAAAAUCUAGGAACCAGCCCAUCGAGCGCACUCAGUUUGUUCUGUCGACAAGGGACCCCGUUUUCCUGGAAAAAUUCACAAUGGAAAUAAAGAACAACUUGAAGUUCAUCAAUGUCGGCAUAUUCAGCAAAGGCCAGAUCAUCAGCCUGCAUGGUAUGAAGAAGAGACCCUCUGACACCAUGCUGGCUUAUAACAGUAUACCACUCACGUAUGUCCUGGACGAAUGUCAGAAGACCACGCAGGGAUUCUUCGGCCCGGUGAUCAAGCUGCUCUGCCCCGAAUUCCAGCAACUGCCCAAGGACCUUAUCAAGUACUCCACUCUCAACGGAUUUGACCCGCGGCUGUGUUACGGUGACAUUACGCUUCACUUCGUCUUCAAAGGAGAGUACAAAUUCAAGGGCGGUCCCCAGCAGGAGGUCGAGGAAGAGCACGACCUGAUGGGACUCGAAUCCAGCUGGUGA